GUUCCAGGAGCGCCGGGCGAGCGUGCGAGGCAUGGGUUGCGGUGCCAGCAGAAAGGUGGUUCCGGAGCCGCCAGCGCCGGCCCGGGUCAAGCUCGACGGUCAAGGCCAAGGACGCGUCCGGGGUGCGGGGCCCGGACCCGGGCCCGAGGCGGCGGUUCAGGCGGCUCAGAGGAUGCAGGUGGCUCGCUUCCGAGCCAAGUUCGAUCCCCGGGUCCUGGCCAGAUAUGACAUCAAGGCUCUUAUUGGGACAGGCAGUUUUAGCAGGGUUGUCAGGGUGGAGCAGAAGACCACCAAGAAACCUUUUGCAAUUAAAGUGAUGGAAACCAGAGAGAGAGAAGGCAGAGAAGCAUGUGAGUCUGAGCUCCACGUCCUGAGGCGGGUUAGCCAUCGUUACAUCGUCCAGCUCAUUGAGAUCUUUGAGGACCAAGAUCGAGUUUACAUCGUAAUGGAGCUGGCCACAGGAGGGGAGCUCUUUGAUCGACUCAUUGCUCAGGGAUCUUUUACAGAGCAAGAUGCUGUCAGAAUCCUUCAGAUGGUUGCUGAUGGGAUUAAGUAUCUGCACGCCUUACGAAUAACUCAUAGGGACCUGAAGCCUGAAAAUCUCUUAUAUUAUCAUCCAGGAGCUGAGUCGAAAAUUUUAAUCACAGAUUUUGGGUUGGCACACUCUGGGAACAAAAGUGGUGACUGGAUGAUGAAAACACUCUGUGGGACCCCAGAAUACAUAGCUCCUGAGAUUCUGCUGAGGAAACCUUAUACCAGUGCAGUGGACAUGUGGGCUCUUGGUGUGAUCACAUUUGUUUUACUUAGUGGAUUCCUGCCUUUUGAUGAUGAAAGCCAUACAAGACUUUACAGGAAGAUUCUGAAAGGCAAAUAUAGUUACACAGGAGAGCCUUGGCCAAGUAUCUCCCAGUUGGCAAAGGACUUCAUAGAUAAACUACUGAUUUUGGAGGCAGGUCAUCGCAUGUCAGCUGGCCAGGCCCUGGAUCAUCCCUGGGUAAUCACUAUGGCAGCAGGGUCUUCCAUGAAGAAUCUUCAUAGGGCCAUUUCCCGAAACCUCAUGCGGAGGGUGUCUCCCCACUCUCAGAGUCCUGGAUCUGCACAGUCUUCAAAGUCAUGUAAUUCUCAUAAAUCAAGGCAUAGGUGGAACAAGAGAAACUUAAGGAUAGCAGAAUCCCCACUAUCUGCACUUUUAUAAGCAGAUUACCUCUAAAACCAUUUUAUCAAAUUUUAGAACUAUUUCACCAUAAUUAGAGCAUUUUAAAUCUCCAAA